CACAACUUCUUCCUCUCCUCUCGUUUAUUAUCCAACCCAAAAAAAACGAUCACUCGAAUAUCUGUGUAGUCGCGACACGCCAAUUAUAAAUUUUUCAUAAUUAUUAUUAUUAUUAUUUUCUUUAAACACCCUGAAAAAGAAUUACAUAAAUUCAAAUAACGAAUUUAAAGUUUUUUUCUUUUUUCUUUUCCAUCGAUGAUGGCGCUUCCACACACAGUCUCUUCACCUUCUUCGACUUCGCUAUCUUCCUUCAAAUCCAAGCCGCCGUUUCGCUCCUCCUUCAACACCGGCUCUCCAUCUCCGACCGUUGCCUUCCGUCGCUGUAAGCUCGGCUCCUUCCGAUGCUCGUCCUCCUCCUUCUCCGAGAAGCACCACAACGCGAACCCUCCCAAAUCCGAUGACGUCGUCGAGCUUCCUCUGUUCCCUCUCCCGCUCGUUCUCUUCCCCGGCGCGAUCCUCCCUCUCCAGAUCUUCGAGUUCCGCUACCGAAUCAUGAUGCACACUCUCCUCCAGUCCGACCUCCGAUUCGGCGUCGUUUACUCCGACUCCGUCUCCGGAUCCGCCGCAGAGGUCGGGUGCGUCGGCGAGGUCGUGAAGCACGAGCGGCUCGUCGACGACCGGUUCUUCCUGAUAUGCAAAGGCCAGGAGCGGUUCCGCGUCACGAGCCUCGUCCGCACGAAGCCGUACCUCGUCGCGGAGGUGACGUGGCUGGAGGACCGUCCGUCAGGGGAGGAGAACCUGGACGCGCUGGCGAGCGAGGUCGAGGUUCUGAUGAAGGAAGUGAUUCGGCUGUCGAACAGGCUGAACGGGAAGCCGGAGAAGGAGGCGCAGGACCUGAGGAGGAACCAGUUUCCGACGCCGUUUUCGUUCUUCGUCGGGAGCACGUUCGAAGGAGCGCCGAGGGAGCAGCAAGCGUUGCUGGAGCUGGAGGAUACGGCGGCGAGGUUAAAGAGGGAGAGAGAGACGCUGAGGAAUACACUCAAUUACUUGACUGCAGCUUCUGCUGUCAAAGAUGUCUUCCCUUCCUCGUCCUAGUGAUGAUAUUGAUACCUACCGAAUCUCUGCUGUGAUAAUUUGCUAUAUAUACGAAAAAUCUGCAAAGUUCCUAAACUGUAAUGGCUGUAAAUUAUGUUACGUUUUGGUGGUAUUAGUUUAAGCUUUGCAUAUAAUUAAGCUUAUGGAGUUAGUAGUAUCACUUUGUUUCGAUAUGUGAACUUCUCAUGUAGAAUAAUGUGGAAACUUACCAAUGGAUCUGAAUAAAUUGCUUGGGAUGUGAAUUAAAAAAGUGUUUUCCUGAUCAUAAGAAUGAUUCAGUGUGGAUCAGAAAAACACAUUUUUGCAGCAAUUACAUUAUCUCUUUUUCUUUGCGUUACAUUCUUUCAUUACCAUUUUUUUUUUACAUAUCAAACAAACAAAAAAACAAUAAAAUAUUUUGCAGAGAGAUCACAUGUGAACACUUGGCGUCUUAUGAUUAGUGGAGAUUAAAAAAAUAUACGAGGCUAUUACGGUAAAAAACAGCUCUCUCGCUUCUGAAAGGGAUCAAGAAAUCGAGGACCGUGUUUCAGUCUGAAUCUCUUUUUUUUUGUUUUCGUCUGAGUUUCGAUACAUAGAUCGGAUAUGGCGGCUGAUAAUACGGGCGCGAAAUCGAGCUCCGCGGCGGAUUCUUACGUGGGGAGCUUGAUUAGUUUGACAUCUAAGAGCGAGAUCAGAUACGAAGGGAUUCUUUACAACAUCAAUACAGAUGAAUCCAGUAUCGGACUUUCAAACGUCCGAUCAUUUGGAACUGAAGGAAGGAAGAAAGAUGGUUCGCAAGUUCCUCCUAGUGACAGAGUUUAUGAGUACAUAUUGUUCCGUGGAACUGACAUCAAGGAUCUGCAAGUCAAGGCUUCUCCUCCUGUUCAGCCUACGCCUACUGUAAACAACGACCCUGCUAUCAUUCAGUCUCACUAUCCUAACCCGACGCCGCCAACAUCUAGUAGCUUGCCUCCUUCCUCUGUGACCGGGCCAGUGCCUGAUGUUGUUGGUUCUCACAAUGGACAAUAUGGGAUGGGAUUUCAAAACAGUAUGCCUUUGUAUCAACCCAGUGGAAAUCUCGGUCCUUGGGGACCAUCACCACAACCGCCAAUGUAUUGGCAAGGAUACUACCCUCCACCUCCCAACGGUCUCCCGCAAUUGCAUCAACAGUCUCUGGUUCGACCACCUCAGGGAAUGUCAAUGCAUACUUCUCUGCAGCAACCUCCGCAAUACCCUAACUUUAAUGCUUCUCUACCGUCUGGUUCCUCAGCUAUGCAGGGUUCAAGCUUGCCAGAAGCAACUCCUACGUUGUUUCCUUAUAGUAAUAGUACUAGUUCUCAAAUUCAAGCGCCGAGUGUAUCGCCUCCGUCUGGUCCUCCUCUACCGCUGUCUUCGGGCCUGCCUUCAGCACCAUCUGCUUCACAAGCUUCAGAGAUGUCACCUCCUUUGCUGUCUAACAAAGCUCCUGUUGCUGCUCCUCUUACCAUAUCUCAGGAUACUAGCUUGCCUACCUUUUCUCAAUCGACUACUAGAGCCGCUGAAAUAAGUGCUGGCCUUUCGCUGUCUAACAAGCCUAGCGCUGUUCCUGGUCCAGUCUCUAUGCCGCAGACAGCACCAUUGACGUCUGCUUCUUUGGUUGGAGGUUCUAGUACCAUUAGCCAAGAUAAGCCAAGACCUUUAUUGGUUACUCCUGGCCAACUGAUGCAGUCUGGAUCUGCUGCAGUCUCCUUGUCUACGCCCUCUCAAAAUACAGAUAAAGAUGUUGAGGUGGUUCAAGCACCAUCAUCAGCUGGCUUAGAACAAUCUGUUACUAAUACUUCAGAAGCACAACCCCCAAUAUUGCCAUUACCUGCCUCUGCAAGACCAGCUCACCAGCUAAAUGGGCAUUCAUACCCAAGUCAUAAUGGUUACAGGGGGGGACGUGGAAGAGGAGGAAGAGGAGCUGGGAGAUCAUCACACCAUGUAAUGAAGUUCACUGAAGAUUUUGAUUUCACGGCGAUGAAUGAAAAGUUCAACAAGGAUGAAGUCUGGGGUCAUCUUGGGAAGAAUACCAAAGACGGUGAUGGAGAUGAUGAAUACCCAGUUGAAGAUGAAGCUGAGCUGCCUAAGGCAGAUGUCAAUCCUGUUUACAAUAAAGACGACUUCUUCGAUAGCCUCUCAUCAAAUACCAUCAACCGAGACUCCCAAAACGCGAGACCUAGAUUCUCAGAGCAACGAAAACUAGAUACGGAGACAUUUGGUGAGUUCUCAAGAUCGAGAGGAGGCCGUGGUUAUGGCCGAAAUGGUUAUUCACGUGGCCGUGGCUAUGGUGGGCGCGGCGGAGGUGGCUAUGGAUAUGGUGGACGUGGCCAUGUGAGAGGCGUAUACAAUCGUACGUUCUAAAUGUUAUUUUCAAAAAGCAUUUCAAAAGACUCAAAAUCUGGGGAGUAAGAAGUUAGACAAGUUGGCAAUACGAUAAUAAUGCCUUUUUUUUUUUGGUUUUUGUAUGUUAUUUGUUUUUGAACUGUAGUCUUGACGUUAGUGAAGAAAUGCUUAUGUCUAUAAGUUCUUGCUUUCCUUAGUGUUUUCCAAAGAGAGGUCCAUUAUGAAUUUUCUUAUUAUCAUGUUGGGGACAAGUGUACUCCCAACUCUUCUCGCUUUCUUCAACCUGUCGAAUCCACC